GGACCGAGCCUCAGCAGGAGCCCCGCCUGUCUCCGGGCAGCUUGAACCCCUGAGCGCUCGCCCAGCCUCGCGAUGUACAAUACGGUGUGGAGUAUGGACCGCGAUGACGCAGACUGGAGGGAGGUGAUGAUGCCCUAUUCGACAGAACUGAUAUUUUAUAUUGAAAUGGAUCCUCCAGCUCUUCCACCAAAGCCACCUAAGCCAAUGACUUCAGCAGUUACAAAUGGAAUGAAAGACAGUUCUGUUUCUCUCCAGGAUGCAGAAUGGUACUGGGGGGAUAUUUCAAGAGAGGAGGUAAAUGACAAAUUACGGGACAUGCCAGAUGGUACCUUCUUGGUCCGAGAUGCCUCAACAAAGAUGCAGGGGGAUUAUACUUUAACAUUGCGGAAGGGAGGCAAUAAUAAGUUAAUAAAGAUCUAUCAUCGGGAUGGUAAAUAUGGCUUUUCUGAUCCUCUGACAUUUAAUUCUGUUGUGGAGCUCAUUAACCACUAUCAUCAUGAAUCUCUUGCUCAGUACAAUCCCAAACUUGACGUGAAGCUAAUGUACCCAGUAUCCAGAUACCAACAGGAUCAAUUGGUAAAAGAAGACAACAUUGAUGCAGUAGGUAAAAAACUACAAGAGUACCACUCUCAGUAUCAGGAAAAGAGUAAGGAAUAUGAUAGAUUAUAUGAAGAAUAUACCAGAACAUCCCAGGAAAUACAGAUGAAGAGGACUGCAAUUGAAGCUUUUAAUGAAACAAUUAAAAUAUUUGAGGAGCAGUGUCACACACAAGAACAACAUAGCAAAGAAUAUAUUGAGCGAUUUCGCAGGGAGGGGAAUGAAAAGGAGAUUGAACGAAUUAUGAUGAAUUAUGACAAGUUGAAAUCACGUCUGGGUGAGAUUCACGAUAGCAAAAUGCGUCUUGAGCAGGAUUUGAAGAAACAAGCUUUGGACAACCGAGAAAUAGAUAAAAAAAUGAAUAGUAUCAAACCUGACCUGAUUCAGCUGCGCAAGAUCCGAGAUCAGCACCUUGUGUGGCUCAAUCACAAGGGAGUGAGGCAGAAGCGCCUGAAUGCCUGGCUGGGAAUCAAGAAUGAGGAUGCCGAUGAAACCUAUUUUAUCAAUGAGGAAGAUGAAAACCUGCCACAUUAUGAUGAGAAAACCUGGUUCGUUGAGGAUAUCAAUCGAGUACAAGCAGAGGACUUGCUUUAUGGGAAACCCGAUGGUGCAUUCUUAAUUCGUGAGAGUAGCAAGAAAGGAUGCUAUGCUUGCUCUGUGGUCGCUGACGGGGAGGUGAAGCACUGUGUGAUCUACAGCACCGCGCGGGGCUAUGGCUUCGCAGAGCCCUACAACCUGUACAGCUCACUGAAGGAGCUGGUGCUCCACUACCAGCACACGUCCCUGGUUCAGCACAACGACUCCCUCAACGUCAGGCUUGCCUACCCCGUCCACGCACAGAUGCCCUCGCUCUGCAGAUAAAGAGGGAGUGGGGAGAGAGGUGGCUCUCUAGCAUUUUUUUCUACAGUUUUUAUUCGACUCCAGUGAGGGCAUUCUUUCUACGUAGACUGCUUGUUUUGCACAAGAAGUGAUUCUGUGAAUGUGAAGUGGAGAGGUCGAACAGCAGCUGGCCAGUAUGGGGGCCUAAGAGGCCUGGGGUUCUGUGGGACUCGGCUGUGCUGCCGCAUGGACAUAAUCAACUGGAAGCAGAUGUGGUUUGUGGAAGGUCUGUUUCAUUGGGAUUUUUGUUUCUGGUUAGCCAGGCACUCUCAACAGAACAUGGUGGGCUGGAUGGGGGUAGAAUUUGGGGGUUGCAUUUGGAAGCCUCUGCAGAGUCCAUGGCCUCUUUUGAGCAUCACCUCUGAGGUGCCACAGGGGCGUGGGUCUGUUGGAAAUUCCGUUUUGCUCUGAUAGUCUUCUCCCUGUAGAAGGCUGUUUUGAUUUCGUAGUAGAAUGGGAUUUGGUGAAAAAGACAACCAAAGGAAAAUGGGAAGGCUUGGAUUUCAUGUAAAGACUAAGCCAAGGGAGGAAAAAUGUUCAACAGAAGGUACUUCUUUCUUACCAACAUAAUUUAGGCUUCAGCAUCUCACCAGCUCCUCCCUCUAAGAAGCAUUAUUUUCAGAAACCAACAAAACAGUAUUUGUGAUGGGAGAAGGUGGCACUAGUGGCUGAAGCACAUUUCUAUACCAAAACUUGGAAAGGACAGCUAGAAUCUAUGAGUUUUAGCAAACACUAAGAUUGAUCAGUGAACUCCUUCUGCCCUGCCAUUGUUUCUCAACAUUUUCUUUUUUCUUUUUUCAGUAGGGAUGGUGAGCUUUGAAUAUAAAAUGAAGUUGGUGCUUGUGUGGGGUUUCCUUAGCCUAAAGAAUGAUCUGUUUGAAACUUUUGUAACUUGAGUAAAGGAAAGGUGCAAUCCAGGGCUUUUAGAUGGCUUCAUACACCAAAUGACAGCCCGGAACAGCAGUCCUACACGGGCCGCCCCGGGUUCAGAGGCCCUGCAGGAACAGCGGAUAGCCUUUAAUUUUCCUCUGUCUGCCUCUCCUUUGCUGGGUAGGGUGUCGGGAACCACAGGAAGCUAAGAAGGGGAAUCGGACUGUGGUGAGGGACCUCCGUAAAUCAGGCCCUGGGGCCCUGGUGUCCAGGGUCAGGGUCAUACCACAUUACACACGUGCUUCCAUGCCGUGGUUUCUGGAGCUUCUGCAAGGAGAGAAGAUGGCCUGGAGUUCAGACUUAGUAGAAGCCAUCUGGAAGCCUUUCUCGUGAUCCUGCCACUGAGGCGAUGUGCAGUCUGCGUUUAUGCUCCAGUGGUUGUGACUUUAGCCAGGGAGCUUCUGCUCCAUGUGGUCUGAGCCUUCCAGCUGAGUGAAGCUCGGCGAAUGGGGGGCGGGGGAGGGGCGCAGGCUUCCACCCUGAUUCUAUUAUGCCCCACACUCAUUAGUCAAAACUCAUUUGACAAAUAGAGUCCAGCUGCCUGCCAGCCAAGCCUGGAAGCAUAAUGGGCUCAGAGUGAGUCAGCUGUUUGAGCCUAAAGCUGUGCAGUGAGGCGUCCCAGCUGAGUCAGAGAAGCAGCCAGUCCCUGGGUCUUGGUUCAUAAGGCUUACAGCUAGGAAAGCUCAAAUUUGGGGGCACUCGGGUGACAGGGUCUACAAGGGACCACAGACAGACAAAUUGUUGAAGAAACCUCCAGAGCUGCGGCAGUGAUGAGGGCCAGGAAAGGGCGCCUUGGCUUUCCCUGGUCCCUGUUGCUGUUUCAGGACUGGGUGAGGCAAAGACAAAUGAAGCCUCCUCUUGUGUCACAGAGAGCAGGCGCCUCCCUUCCCCAGACUGCCAAAUGAAAUCUUAAAGUUUUACUGUAAUGCCAAGCUAAUUGCUGCAGGACACACCUGGGUGGCUUUGCACCUGCUUAAGCAGUGGGAUGCUCAAGAUUGGGUGCAAGGAAUCCCUCCUAUCUGGUACUAAGAUUUUAGCAUGUUCUAAUGUCUCUUUCAGAAGAAACCAAAUGGGACUGAGGAUACAUACUUGCAAUGUAGAACAGUGUGGCUCCACCUUGCUGGGCAGACCCUGAGGGGGUGUGGGGAGACAGCGAGCCCCAUCUUGUUAUUGAACUGGGGAUGGCUUGUGGAGACAGGCUGUCCCCCACCCCACCCGCCCAGGCCCCUGGGCCAUACAAACAUCCCUUCACUUUCCUUUCUUAUUUUUUGUUAUUAAAAUCAUUGCUUUGUGGGAUCCAAGACCCAGGGAUCAUUUGAGAAGUUGGAAGUUAUCUUUUUCUGAACCUUGUCACAUGAUUUGCUUGUUCCUAAGCAAAUGGAAAUGGCAUAGGGACCAGCCUGCUAACCACUGGGCCUGGUAUGUGGGGGGGCAGUGCACUGCUCCUCUACCCACAGCUUGGGAACAGGUGGCAGCCUUCUUCGUGUGAGUGGAGGUCUGUGUUCUGUCCCACGAUCUGGACCCUGGGGCUCUCUCUCUCUCAGUAUUGUAACUGCAGUCUCACUGAGGCAGAGGAUAAAGAGACAGAUCAAGACUAGAGGGACUCAUUAUUCUCCUGGCUAAGAGAAGCCAGCCACCAACAUGAAACCAGCUUGGGGCUGGCUGGACACAGGCCCCAGGCCCAUUUUCUUCAUGUGGAGCUUUCAUUACCACACGGUGCCAUCUCUAGAUCCGGCAUCAGCUUGGCCAUGGCUCGGGGCUGGAGGGGUUGCCUAAGUCCUAUCUAGUGAUCUGGCCAAGGAGGAGGACUUCCUAACACCCCCACUCCACCCUCUGCAAGCCCCGAUGGGCUCUCCCACUUACUGUGGACCUCACGUGCUCUGAAGCAGCAUUGAGAGCCAGUUGGUUCUGCCACGAGUCUCUUCUUGCUGCAGGGAAUCAGCCCUGUUUGUUCUUGAGCCAAGAAUUGCACACAGGCAGUUCCUGAUUUCCAGGUCUCUGCUGCCGGCUAAGAACCCGGAGUAGGUCUCUGUGAGGGGUCAGAGGCCUCAGAAACCCGCGGUCCGGAUAGGGGCUUGCCUGGGCCCUCUGCUGCCAGCUGCUCAGCCUCGCGCCUCGCGUUAGCUCCAGCCACUUGUGACAGCCCACCUCGUUUCCUUACUAAUUCCAGUUCCAGCAUGUGACUUUGGUGCCCUGUUGUUACUUGUGAAAAAUCUUCUGUUGUCUUUGAUGUAGUCAAAAAAAUUUCAUGUAGUUUUCGUAAAUAUCUGGUUCACAAGGAAGCCACCUUGUAUGUCUUGUGUUGGGACAGUUCAUGAUGUAGUUCCUAGACCACUUUUGCAAAUUGUUCUUGUCACCAGGUGUGUUCAGACAUUGCUGUGCAGUUGUGGGGGAGGGAGGGGGAAGGUGAGGGGUGGUACUUUCUGGUCGUUUUGUUUUUUACCUUCCCCAAGAGGGGGACAGUCUGGCCAACUUGCUCCA